ACUUUCCCCAACCAAAAUUAGUCCAACUUAUUAUUGCUCAAAACAUGCGCAAACUUUUAUUAAUUAACAAACAAUAUUACUUCUCUAGCUAAUUAGUUGCUACCUUAAAACUCACAUUACAAGCUAGACUCCUUUUAAUUGCAUGCAUUUUCACAAACCAACAUUAUCAUUGUCUUUUUACUAUUUCUAAACUACAACAAUACCAUAGAUGAUGAAGAGGCUUCAAGAAACAUGUAUUAUUAUACUUUGGUUUCUUAUCCAUUGCAUUCUUUCCUCCAUAUCCUUAUCGUCCUCCUCCUCUCCUUCAUGUAACAAAGGACCUAAACUUGAACUUCCUUACAUGACUUCGGAUGUCAAUGAAGUCGAAGGCAAAUCUUUCGACUACAUAAUAGUCGGAGGAGGAGCAUGCGGUUGCCCAUUAGCUGCUACACUCUCGGAGAAAUUCUCGGUCCUCGUAAUCGAACGAGGAGACACUCCUUAUAGCAACCCAACAAUUUUGGAAAGAACAAAGUUCGGUUACCCAUUAGUGGAAACAAACAAGUACACUUCAGCAGCACAAGAGUUCAUUUCCUUAGACGGAGUUUUGAAUUACAGGGGUAGAGUCCUAGGAGGAUCCACGGCUAUAAAUAGCGGGUUUUAUAGCCGGGCAAGUGACCCGUUUAUUAAGAAAAUGGGUUGGGAUGAGGAAAUGGUGAAACAAGCUUAUGAAUGGGUAGAAUCUAAGGUGGUUUUCGCGCCGGAAAUGUUGAGCCCUUGGCAAUCUGUUGUGUUAGAUGGGCUUUUGGAAGCAGGGGUUUUGCCUUUUAAUGGGUAUACUUUGGAGCAUGUUCAAGGGACUAAAUUGAGUGGUACGAUUUUCGAUGUUUCUGGGAGACGACAUACGGCUGCUGAUCUUCUUGGAGGAGGUAAUCCUAAGAACAUUGUUGUUCUCUUGAAUGCUACUGUGAGCAAGAUCUUCUUCCACCCUGAUUCAGGGGAUCAACCAAGAGCAAAAGGAGUAAAGUUCAUCAAAAGUGAAGAUGACAACAAAAAAUCCUACAAAGUGUACCUCAAGAAGCCAGAAAAUUCAACCUUACCAGUAGGUGAAGUUAUACUUACAGCAGGAGCAUUAAGCAGCCCACAAAUCCUCAUGCUAAGUGGAAUCGGACCGUCGAAUCACCUCGAAAACUUCAACAUUUCAGUAGUAUCAAACUUAAAAAGUGUAGGAGACAAAAUGCAAGACAAUCCAGCAAUAUCUCUACUAGUAGACUCGAAACCAAAAUCACGAGUACCCGAUACACCCCAAGUAACAGGCAUAGCAGAAGACUAUAAAGUCAUACUCGAAUCGAUCAUCGUACCUGUUAGCAAAAACUUAACAAGGGUUUCAAUAGCUGGUAAGCUUGCAUUCCCUGCCUCAACUGGAAAACUCGAGCUAAAGAACAAGGAUCCAAGGGAAAACCCACUUGUACAAUUUAAUUACCUUUCAAGAGAUGAAGAUAUGGAGUUUUGUGUUAAGAUUCAUCAAUUGGUAGAGGAAGUAUCAAUGUCCAUGGCAGUGAGUGUAUAUUUGGGGAAUGAACGUAACAGGUUAGAGAAGUUGGGGAAGGAAGAGAGUAAAGAGUAUUGUAAGAAGAAUGUGAGUACAUUUUACCAUUAUCAUGGUGGGUGUAUUAUAGGUGAAGUGGUUGAUAAGGAUUAUAAUGUUAAUGGGGUUAAGGGUUUGAGGGUUAUGGAUGGUUCUACAUUGGUGGAAUCUCCUGGGACUAAUCCUAUGGGUACGUUGAUGAUGCUUGGGAGGUACCAAGGUUUGAAGAUUGUACAGGAAAGAACGCAAUCUUCUUCAAGAUCCUAACUUGUAAUUAAGACUCUUGUUAGUAAUUUUGUGUGAUUUAUUAUGCAAUAUAAUUUGUUAGUACUCUGUAAUUGUUUUAGAUAUAAACAUAAAGGUGUGAAAUGCUA